GGGGGAGCCUGUGAGAGCAGAGGAAGAAAAAGAAGUGUGGAGGCAACCACGAAACCUUCAUAAGGAAGAAAGGACGCAAGGGGAGGUAUUGGUUUCAUUCAGGGUUUCAUGAUCUCUCUGCAAAUUAAGAAAAACAAAACCAAAAAGUGUUGAGGGUAGAUCUGUCCUCCAUCGGUGUUCUCCCCUCACUGGACCUUUAAAAGAAACAUCCCUUCAAGCCUCGCUGCUCUCUGAGAAGACACAGUCUACAGCUGAAAGCCGCAGCGAUGAUGAAGCCCUCUCUCCUCCAGGCCUACAGGAGGCGCUGGUGGAUGGCAGUGACGGCAGUGAUUGAAAACCUGCUGUGCUCUGCGGUGCUGCUGGGCUGGGGCUCCCUGCUCAUCAUGCUGAAAAGGGAGGGCUUCUACUCCUACCUGUGCUCAGUGAAUGAAUCAGUGGUCGUAUCUUUGGGGAACUCCUCCGGCAGCGAGGUGGAGGAGUGGCUCAGCUGCGUGGACCAGGAAGAGAUGCUGAAUCUCGGCUUCACCAUUGGCUCCUUCUUGCUCAGUGCCACCACCCUGCCACUCGGUAUCCUCAUGGACAAGUAUGGCCCACGCCCGAUUCGCCUGGUGGGCAGUUCCUGUUUUGGUCUUUCCUGUUUAAUGAUGGCCGUAUCUGCCUACAACCCUCAAUUGCUAUCAGCGCUCAUUUUCUUGGCGCUGUCCAUGAACGGCUUUGGAGGCAUCUGCCUGACCUUCACCUCCGUCACGCUCCCCAACAUGUUUGGCGCCCUGAGCUCCACCGUCAUGUCUCUGAUGAUCGGCUCCUACGCCUCGUCUGCCGUCACCUUCCCCGGGGUCAAGCUGAUCUACGACGCAGGCGUCUCCUUCCAGGUGAUCAUGUGGAUGUGGGCCGUUCUGGCUGGGAUUGUCUUUUUCAACUGUUUCUUGAACUGGCCUGCAGAAGGCUUCCCGACACCUGAAGAGGUGGACUACAGUAAGAUCCUCACCCCAAAAGUGCUGCCUUCAUCGAACCAGAAGAUUGGAGCAGAGGGACUGAAAAAUGGAGACGUGCGACACUCCACAGAGAAGCUUCCCAAUGGUCCUGAUGCUGCAUCCAAUGCCGUUCCCUUCCGCCGCUCUGUGUUCUCUCCCAUCUUCCUUUGGAGUUUGGUCACGAUGGGAGUGUCCCAGUUAAGGAUCAUCUUCUUCAUGGGGGCGAUGAACAAGAUGCUGGAGUUCAUGGUCACGCGUGGUGACCCGCAUCCAUCUGAGGAGCUGUUGAUUGAGGCAGAAAAACAAGUGAGUUUCUACUCCUCCAUCUUCGGCACGCUGCAGCUGCUGUGUCUGGUCACCUGUCCUCUGAUCGGAUACAUCAUGGACUGGAAGAUGAAGGAGUGUGAAGACGAGGGGGUUGCUCCCUCAAGCACAGAGCUCAGCCUGACCAGUGGGCCCAAGAGAGACCGUAAGAUCCAGAAAGUGACCAACGCCAUGAGAGCCUUCAUCCUCACUAACCUGCUGCUGAUCGCUUUUGGAUGCUGCUGCCUCAUAGACAACCUUCCUCUUCAGAUUCUGACUUUCAUCCUCCACACCAUGGUCCGAGGCUUCAUCCACUCCUGCUGUGGAGGCCUUUACGCUGCUGUUUACCCGUCCAACCACUUUGGCACCCUGACAGGCCUCCAAUCCAUGAUCAGCGCUGUGGUCGCUCUGCUGCAGCAGCCGCUCUUCAUCGCCAUGGUGGGACCAAUGAGCGGAGACCCCUACUGGAUCAACCUCAGCCUGCUGAUCGUUUCGCUGGCCGGCUUCCUGUUGCCUGGUUACCUGUUCUACCACGGCAGACACCUGGUGAGGGAGAGGGAGGCCGGAGACAAGGCAGCCGGUGGUCAGGAGAUGCAGGCGCUCAACCACAAUGAGGCCAACGGCUUCAAGCCCCACAGCAAUGGCCUCGCCGCUGUGGACGCUGUGGACAACAGAAAAAUGUAGGAUUUAUUUUUGUAUGUGCCUUCAAAAAAAGAUCCAUCAAAUAUAUUCACCAAUAUAUACACAGAUAUGUAUAUAUAUAUCACAGAUCAAACAGCCCACCCACUAACUCACAGUUAGACAUUUAAAUUAGUUUUUUGUUUUUUUGCUGUUUCUUUAUUUUAGUGAAGGUCAAGGAGCCAAAUUAGUGUGAUUUAAAGCCAUAGGUAUCACUCACAUGAACACGCACAGACACAUAUGCACACAUCCUGAUGUGUCCACUGUGUAUCAGACCACAGACAACGCAGUACUUGAUACUGUUCAGUGGCUCUCUCCCUGACGUCUAAGAUAAUCAUCACGAUCCUUGCUGACACCAAAGAACAGCUUAAAGGCAUUAUGAAGGUUACACUUUCUAGUUCAGUAUGGUUUCAGAAGUGUGCUCAUGGAGCAAACAUUUAGUAUCCUGUGCCGUUUCUACUGUUGCCCCCACAGCAAAAGCUUUAAAUAUGUAUCAGUAAAGAAAAUUUAACGCAUAGGAGUAUCAGAAUACUCAACCUUUGGUACGUUUGAAGGAGUAUUUUCAGAGCCUAGUUAGUCACACAGACACACACACGUACUGUACACGCACAAAUAGGCUGGUUGUAGAGACACUUAUCUACCUCCACUGUUUCCUUUUUUUGUACUGUCUCUCUGCAACUGACUCCUUUGUCUGUCCAUCUUUUUUUUCAUCAAAUAUCAAUCGUUCAAUUCAAUCAGUGCACAAUUAUAUCCUUGUGUACUCAUGUUAUGCUGAUUCAGCCCUUGCAUUUCUGGAAUUUUUAUACGUCAAUUUCUCAAAGGAAAAAUAUGAACUGUUUUUUAAACUGACACGUGUCAGUGUUGUUCAACACUUGUACUGCUUUAUGCACAGAAAUUAACUAGUGUGUGUAUAAAAUAUGUAUUUAAGUGUCUUUUUAUACCCUUAGCUGCAGUAGCAUUAAGAAGGGAAGCGUUUCUGUAUCAGCAAAUGUUAAUUUGUAGUGUGCUAAUUAUACCAUUAAUUUUGUAUUCUGCUUUUGAUGUUUUGCCUUUUUUUUGUCAUUCAUUUUGUCAUUUUGGAGCAAACAUACCUCCAGCAAAAAUGUGAUUUUGUAAAUAGACCUAAGGCGUGUCUUUUAUUCUUUGACACAUUCUCUCAGCUGUAGUUACACUUGCUGUUAACUGUGCUUUUCCUUUGAUGCUCAAAGCUGUUUGAUUGAUUCCGUUGUUUCAGCCACCUGCACAUCAAAACAGAAGUGUUCAUUUCUUCCCAAGUGAUCACAAAAUGUACUGUCUUUUCUCUGUACAUGGUUGUUCUGUUCAGUGUCAUGUAGAUUUAUGAAAUCAAUUGUAAUGUUUAAUUUCUUUUUUUUGGGAUUCCCAUUUAAGUGAAGAUAGCUUUAAAAGAUGUUUUUCCUCCUUUCUUGUUUGGUGCAUUUUUUCUGCUUUCUAGCUCUAUAGAGCGUGUUCAUUGCUCACACUGAGGAUGGAUGAGAAUCAUCUCUGUGGCUUUUCCUUGCCUUCAUUGCAAAAUAGAAGUGAGUGUGAGAUAAUUGCCAAAUGUAAACCAAAGCCAUGAUGACAGACUGUAGAGCGAGACAAUGACACAGUGCCUUUUCCUCAGAAGAACGUACAGAGGCAAAAAAACCCAGAUGCCUUACAACACAAUGCAUCAGUCCUGUAGUAAACUCCAGUUCGGUCAUAAGGUGUGUUUUUGUUUGUCGCAGGUGUAUAUUCAGGUUGGUCAUUUUUGAAGCAUAGAUUGUGUUCUUUGGGAUAAAAAACGCAGAGUACAUUUCAACCAAUGUUGGAAAGGUUUUCCAGUUUGGCAUAUGUCCUUACUUUCCUCUUUCUGCAUUACAGUAUUUAAUGUUGAAACCAUUGUUUCGCAACUUCAGAAACAACUAUGUGACCUCUUUCUACCUGCAUUAGUUGCCUUUUAAGUCCUUUUUCGAAAAACAGUAGUUGACAUACCUGUUGAUUUGGAGAGAUGGAAUCCAAGUUAAUGUUACACUAUUGAACGUAUGCCUUUGUAAUUGGGAUUUAAAAGUAGUUCCUAUCUGAAUCAACAACUCAGUCUCCUCAUAAAUAAUAAACAUCAUUCGCUGUAGCUGUUUUAUUACUGUAACAUCUACACUGGCCUGUCUAUUCUUGUCCUUACCCUAAGCGUUGAUGUACUGGCAUGUUUUGCUAAAUAUACACCUUUCUUUUCUGCCUUUAAUCAAUAUAUCCAGCUUGUGCAUUUGAAAAAUAAAUGUAUGAAUGUAAAAUA